CUAUAAGUGGCUGUCAGUCCAGGAUUACACAGUUAACACUAAGUUAAUACGAGGAGCUUAGGAUCUCCGCCCUGCCGACCCUCCGGCCAUGUCCUGGUGUGGAUGAUGGUUCAGGUCCGGCAGCAGCGAAGCUCCACGAUCCAGCUGAUCCAGCUGAUACAGGCCAGUCUGUCCAUCUGGGGAUGGGGGGGUCUUGGAGUUGUGCUGUUCCUCGUCACAUUUGGACCUUUUGCCAUAUUCUACCUGGCCUUUUAUAUCUUCUGCUUCAUUGGAGGGGGCUUUGCUGUCACUUUGCUAUAUGGAAAGAUAAAUUCAGAGAAACACCUGGAAAUGUGUGAGCACUCUUACUUGCCACCAACACAAACUGGUGUACUUAAGUCACUGGAUGAGAUAAAGCUGGAGAUGAAGCCCAUAAAAAUUGACAGAAGACUGACUGGCUCCAGUUUCAUUGAUGAACCACUACAACAGGUGAUCCAGUUUGCCCUAAGAGACUACAUUCAAUACUGGUACUACACUCUGAGCGAAGAUGAGUCCUUCUUACUUGAGAUCAGACAGACGCUACAGAAUGCCCUCAUCCAGUUCUCCACACGAUCAAAAGAGGUGGACUGGCAGCCUUACUUCACCACCCGCCUGGUGGACGACUUUGCCACUCAUUUACGUGUCUUUAGAAAAGCCCAGGAUCGUCUUGCUGACCGAGAGGACAAGCAAAGAGACAUAACAGAAGAGCUGGUCGACUCAUUCUUCGAGGCAGAAGUGGAGAUGGAAAGAAAUAUUUGUCGAGAUGUCGUAUGUACCUCGCAGAAAGAUGAAGAAGGUUUUCUUCGUGAUUUGUGUGAGCUGCUUCUGUAUCUGUUACUACCUCCUGGAGAUUUCCACAACAAGAACAUGAGAUAUUUUCUACGGGAGGUGCUGGCGUGUGGUGUGCUACUUCCCUUGAUCAACCAGCUGAGUGACCCAGACUACAUCAACCAGUUUGUCAUCUGGAUGAUUCGGGACUCCAGCUGUAAUUAUGAAGCCUUCAUGAACAUCUUGAAGUUAACAGACAAACCUGCCGAGCUGGAGGCCGUUAAAGACAAGGUGCUUGAGGAGCUGCAGUUUCUCCGCUCCCUGGACACCGCUGGUGAUGACAUCAACGUGAUCAAGAACCAGAUUAACAGUCUUCUGUUUGUGAAGAAGGUGUGUGAGACCAGGAUCCAGAGACUACAAUCUGGCAAGGAGGUGGAUGCUUUGAAGCUGGCAGCCAACUUUGGCAAGCUGUGCGUUAUCCCACUGGAGCACAUCCUUGUCCACAACAUAGCUCUGCAAUUCUUUAUGGACUUCAUGCAGGGAGCAGGGGCUCAGGCGGAGCUGUUUUUCUGGCUCACCGUGGAGGGAUACAGGGUGACGGCACAGCAGCAGCUGGAGGUGAUGCAGGGCUGGCAGAAAGAUGGCAAGAAGCAGCCGAGUACCACCAAGGGACUGUUGAAGGCCGCAGCGCUGGGAGUCUUUGAGCAAUACCUCUCUGAAAAGGCCUCUCCCAGGGUGCAGGUUGACAAGGCAGCAAUAACAAAACUAGGAGAGAAGCUGCAAACCGAUGACCCCACACCAGAAAUAUUCGAUGAAAUCCAGAGAAAGGUGUAUGACAUGAUGCUACGCGAUGAGCGCUUUUACCCGUCUUUCAAGCAGAGUCCUCUCUAUGUCCGCAUGCUGGCGGAGCUGGACAUGCUGAAAGAGCCGAGUUACCGCGGAUCUGACGACGGUGAUGUAGAGUCUUUCAAUGGCUCUCCUACAGGAAGCCUGAACCUGUCUCUGGAUGACUUGAGUAACUCCUGCCAUGAUGAAUAUAUGCAGCUACAUGCCUUCAUCUCAGAUACAGCUGAUACUUAUUUUCCCGGCUUGUGGGGUGCUGCAGGGGUUUGCAAUGAUCAUGGUAAGACCUACGCGCUGUACGCCAUCACCGUGUUCAGACGCAGCAUGGAUGGCAGCGAGGACUGCUGGAAGACUUACCGCCGCUACUCGGACUUCCACGACUUCCACAUGAGAAUCACUGAACAGUUUGAGAACCUGGCAUCAAUCCUUAAGCUUCCUGGGAAGAAAACCUUCAACAACAUGGACAGAGACUUUUUGGAAAAGAGAAAAAAAGACCUCAAUGCUUACCUUCAGUUGCUGCUGAACCCAGAGAUGGUCAAGGCCUGUCCAAACCUGAUUCCCUAUGUCUACGACUUCCUAGAGAAUAAAGCUUAUAGCAAGGGCAAAGGAGAGUUUGCACGGAAGGUAGACACAUUUGUAAAUCCUUUCCGGAGCUCCAUGAGGAACGUGUCCAACGCAGUAAAAGGCCUGCCAGACAGUCUGGCUGAAGGCAUGACAAAGGUCUCCGACAACAUGGGCCGAAUGUCAGAAAGACUGGGUCAGGACCUUAAAUCAUCCAUAUUAAAGGUGCCUCCUCUCCUUCCUAAAUCUGAUAUCGACCCAGAACACUGUCGAGUCUCCGCACAGCUUGAUGACAAUGUUGAUGAUAAUAUCCCGCUCCGGGUGAUGCUGCUGCUCAUGGAUGAAGUGUUUGACCUAAAAGAGAAAAACCAGUGGCUGCGGAGGAACAUAAAAAACCUGCUGCAGCAGCUCAUCAGAGCCACUUACGGAGACACGAUCAACAGGAAAAUUGUGGACCAUGUGGACUAUAUGACAUCACCAGAGCAGGUGGCAGAAUAUGUUAAAAAGUUCAGGGACUCCUACUGGCCAAACGGUAUUCUAGCGGAAACCCUGCCCCGUCGGGACAAGUGCAUUCGCAUGAGGACACGAGUUGCUGCCAAAACCAGCCUGCUAGGCAUCAUGCCAGAUGAGCUGAAGCACAUCAUUGGAGCGGACACCACAAGAAAGGGGAUCCUCCGCGUCUUUGACAUGUUUCAGUACCAGCCCAUGAACCGGCGGCUAGUAUAUGUAUUCCUGGAGGGUUUCCUGGAGACCAUGUUCCCUCAGUACAAGUUCCCCGAGCUCUUCGUGAAGCUGCACUCCCGUUCCCCACGCAUCAGCAGAUACAGCCAGAAACUCAAAUGCUCGUCCCUGAAGAGGUGACAGGAAACAGCGUCGGGACACAGACUGACUAGACACACAGAGACCUGAGAGCCGAGGGUCAGGGUGGGAGGGGUUUAGUGAGCUGUGUUGGUGUGUGUGUGUGUGUGAGUGUGUGAGACGUCUGCCCUUCCUCUUCCUUCACACACACUCCCGUCAGUGAAAACACUCCAGUUAUCAAGCUGAUCACAUCUGUCGAGACAGAACUGAUGGAUGAGCGACUCUGCCCCGUUCUCACUCUGUGACGGACACGUGCGCAAACACAAAUCCUAUCAUUUGCACCAAGACUGAGCGUGGCAGUCUUUAACUUCUUUUUCUUCCUCCUCCUUUUUCUUUUUUUCUUUGGACAUUUUAGUUGUUAAGCUUUAUCCUGGGCCAGCCAAUGCGGCUUUCCUGUGGUCCAGAGAGCAGACCACAAAUACUGUAUUGUUUUUAAACUGCAGGACUAGAUAGCGCAGACCCACACCUUGCCUUACCUCCCGCAUCAGUCCUCCAUCUUUGAGCCACACAGCUGCAAUCAAACAUCCUCUCAUGCUGUAGAAAUGUGAGCUGCAGAAGCACUUGUUAACUUGCAAAGUUUUGUUUUGAUAACAACCAAAAAUGCUAAUAGCACUGGGUUACAGCGCUGUCCUAAAAACAAUGUGACUGAACAGAUCUGGGUCGAAAAGGUUUUAUUUUUACUGUCCUUACUGAGAACUGCUCUGAACAACUCUGUGUUACAUCCUCUGCAUCGCCCUCCUCCGAGAAUAGGCCACACCCCCUUUAAUGCUACUGUCACAAUAUGUGACGACCAAAGCUCACCCUGUCCAUACACGUGUGACGCUGAGUUACUCCAAACAUUACUGUGCUUCAUUCAUGUCGCUCAUGUGAAGAAGGAAGACCUUUAAUGACCUAAAAAGGUGAAGUUUUAAGGACACACUGAAGAAGCGCGUGUCACUGUGGGAGGCACACCGUUGAAUGUACUCUGAUCUUUCUUGCAUUUGGCCUGUGUGGAAUUUUGUUCAAAUGCGUGCGUGUGUGUGUUUAGCACGAAGAUGCAACCCUCUUCAGUCAGAAACUGUGCCAGUGCGAGUUAGUGAACCAGCCUUAAAUCUAUAUACAGUAUAUACUGACCAAGAGAUGCACGCUAGAAGAACUCUCCUUCACAUGACUGAACAUUACAAGGAAAUCAAGAUAGAGAUAUGGAGAUAUAUCCCUAAUCACUUUUAUUCUAUGAAAAUGUCUUUGAUUUGGUGCAAUAUAUUUUUUUUCCUUUAAUGCAUGUGCAUUUUGAAUCGUUGUGUACUGAAAGUAGUAAAUCCUAUUCUUUUAAUAGAAGAAAACAUGAGGCGUCUCCCCGGAAAUAUGUUCAUAACCUGGCAACUUAACAUUCCGUUGUUGUGAAAGUACAAUGUUUAUUUUACAGACUUGUUUUAUAAGUCUCAAAUGUUAUUUUCUUUUGUUUUUGCUGUGCGGGGGUUGUUUUUUUUCCAUCUAUCCCCUUGCAGAAUCCUUUUUUUUUUUUUUUUUUGUAUUAAUAAAGCAGUGAUUGGAGGAUUUGUCCAUGUCAGAGCUCAUUGAUCAGCUCACGGGGGCUGUAAGUAAUUCAGAGGCGGCCUCCAACAACUGCUUCUUUUUAACUUAUGGUGUUUUAAGCAUUCAAGAUUGUCACAUAGAGUGCAAAGCUAUCUUUAAUAUGAACUAUGACUGCUAGAAAGUUGUCCCCUUCUGUGUGUAUACCUCCCUAAACAAGAAGAGAAAAAUCUUUAAAGUAGGUCCUAUAAGUUCACUGAGGAGACUGUGACCAACUGAAUCACUGCUAAUUAGCACUUACCGUAGCAACUGUGGGAGCCCCGCUUCCACCGAGCUGCAGUUGCUGGACGCAGCGCCGUCCACUGCCGUGAUUUGCUUGCACUGAUCAGGCCUGGUGGACUGUGAUUGGCUGAGCAGGAGGAUGUGAACGGGAGCAUCUCUUAUUGGGAGUUUAUAUGUCGUCUCCUGAUGGAGGAGGAGAUGUCACCUUUAACUUUCUGCACACCUCUUCAUACAGGAAGCUUUGUCUUGUUUUGUUUUUUUUUUAACCCCAGUAUAUAUGAAUCUAUGAUAAUUGUGCAUAUCUGUGUACAGUAUGUGUUAAUAGUGUGCCUAAUUGUACUGUCAAUUCUAUUUUCAUAUUUUUCUUUAAACUAAAAAGCAAAAGUGAAUUGGAACGUCAUGAUCAUUUUAUAUGACUGAAAAUUACUUUGGGGUGUUUUUUUUUUGGCAUCAUGCUUAUCAGACUUUCCUUGUGAGCACUUGUGCUCGGAUCAAUAUAACACUAAUAAAAGGCAACUCAGACUAAGA